AAAAUGAAUUCGAAGUAUUGACAGAUGGAUGAGGGAAAAGAGAAGUGAGAACAAAAAUCACGAAAAAAAUCUUGCAUGUAAAAUUUUACAGGUAUUUUUGCCGAAUAAAUAGAUUUAAUUGAAACUCAUGUAAAAAUCUGUAAAAUGUUGUUUUAGAACAGUUGUACCGUGCAUGUUGUGUGUAAGCCGUAGAAGUGGUAUUGUUGUUAUAAUUGGCGUUGUCCAUUGUAAGGUACAGCUAACGCAAACAGAACGUAUUUCCUUCCCGUAUGGCUGCCUAUCUUAACCGCACUAUAUCGAUGAUGGCUGGCGACGGGCCCCACAACGUUGCGAUGAACAAUGGCACUGUGCGCGUGAACAUUUCCAAUGUGGACUCCCCGCUGCAGAUAUUUGUGAGGGCCAAGAAGAAGAUUAACGACAUAUUUGUGGAAAUUGAUGAUUAUGUCAAGGAUGCAGUCAGUUUUAUGCAUGCUGUAACAGGCGAAAAUGGCAUUGCAUCAGCACAGGAUGUGGCUAAUGUUGAGGCAUAUGUCAGCAAGGUGCAGGCUAUACGGGAGGUGCUCAAGCGAGAUCACAUGAAAGUGGCCUUCUUUGGCAGAACAAGUAAUGGCAAAAGCACAGUCAUCAAUGCUAUGCUACAUGACAAAAUCUUGCCCAGUGGCAUUGGACAUACAACCAACUGCUUCCUGCAGGUGGAAGGCUCCGACACGGAUGAGUCCUUCAUGAGGACUGAGGGUUCCGAGGAGAAGCUCAGUGUUCAGUCAGUGAGCCAGCUGGGGCACGCGCUGUGCGCCACGCGGCUGCAGGAGUGCUCGCUGGUGCACGUGUACUGGCCGCGCGAGCUGUGCGCGCUGCUGCGCGACGACGUGGUGCUGGUGGACAGCCCCGGCGUGGACGUGACGCCCAACCUGGACGAGUGGAUCGACAAGUACUGCCUCGACGCCGACGUGUUCGUGCUCGUCGCCAACGCGGAGUCCACGCUCAUGGUGACGGAAAAGAAUUUCUUCCACAAAGUAUCGACGAAAAUAUCGCAACCGAACAUUUUUAUAUUGAACAACCGAUGGGACGCCUCUGCUUCAGAGCCUGAAUACUUGGAUCAGGUGAGGAGCCAACACGCGAACAGAUGCGUGGACUUCCUGUCGCGGGAGCUGCGCGUGUGCUCGCCCAAGGAGGCCGAGGAGAGGAUCUUUUUCAUCUCGGCCAAGGAGGCGCUGCUCACGCGCAUGCGCGAGCGGGAGAAACCCGUCUCUUCUCCCAUCCUCGCGGAAGGGCACCAGGUGCGCUACUUCGAGUUCGUGGACUUCGAGCGCAAGUUCGAGGAGUGCAUCAGCCAGUCGGCCGUGCGCACCAAGUUCGCGCAACACUCGCGCCGCGGCAAGAACAUAGCCGGCGACGUUAUGGCUGCUUUGGAACAGGUGUACAGCACGUCCUGCGACCAGAAGUCCGCGAAGGUGGAGAAGCAGCGGAUACUGCAGGAGCAGCUCACGGCCGUGGAGGAGCAGCUCACGGCCAUCACGCGCCAGAUGAAGGACAAGAUCGGCCGCAUGGUGGAGAGCGUCGAGCAUAAGGUGUCGCUAACUCUGAGUCAAGAGAUCCGGCGGCUGUCGGCGUUGGUGGACGAGUACGAGGCGCCGUUCCGCGGCGAGCGCGCGGCGCUGGAGCAGUACAAGCGCGCGCUGCACCGCCACGUGGAGGCGGGGCUCGGCUCGCGGCUCAAGAAGCGCCUGUCCUCCGACAUCGGCCACGAGAUGGACGAGGCGCAGAAGGAAAUGGCGGAGCGCAUGUACAACAUCCUGCCGCCGCACAAGCGCGCGGCGGCCGCCAGCUGCAUCGUGCCGCACCAGCAGCCCUUCGAGGUGCUGUACCGGCUCAACUGCGACAACCUGUGCGCGGACUUCCAGGAGGACCUCUCGUUCCGCUUCUCCUACGGCAUCACGGCGCUCAUCCAGCGCUUCCAGGGCCGAAACACGAACAAGAUCGCGCUCAAGAACCCGCCCACGGUCACGCAGAUCCCUCCCACCAUGGGCCCCGCGGCGCCCUCCAUGGAGGUGUCGCGGCUCAGCAACGGGCCCGCGGCGGCCAUGGGACCGCUCAGCGCCGAGGAGUGGAGCAUGAUAUCCAAGUUCGCGCUGGGGGCGCUGACGUCACAGGGCACCAUGGGUGGACUGCUGCUCUCUGGAUUGCUCCUGAAGACGGUAGGGUGGCGCGUGGUGGCGGUGACGGGGCUGGUGUACGGCGCGCUGUACGCGUACGAGCGGCUCACGUGGACGGCCAAGGCGCAGGAGCGCGUGUUCAAGCGCCAGUACGUGGCGCACGCGGGCCGCAAGCUGCGCCUCAUCGUCGACCUCACCUCCGCCAACUGCAGCCACCAAGUGCAGCAAGAGCUUUCAACGAUGUUCGCCCGCCUGUGUCGACUCGUGGACGAGGCCACGACGGAGAUGGACACAGAGCUGUCGGAAGUUCGGGAGGCCAUCAAAAUGCUGGACGAGGCGUCGACGUCGGCAAAGAAGUUGCGCAACAAGGCGAACUACCUCAGCCACGAACUGGAACUCUUCGACGACGCGUUCCUCAAGCAUUAAUGCUGGGAGUAUAGCGAAAGUAGAAGUUGGAAGGCUCGCUAUGAGCCGCGGGAUGCAUUUGACUGGACCGAUGAACAACCGGUGCUGAGCAGCUGCUUACAUUAGUUUGUUCUAGUGUUGUGUGUACUUUGUCAAUAGGUCUCGACCGCAGCGGUACUGUGAAGCAUUGUAAGCAAGAGAUUAAGGCAAAAACGGUUACUUUUUGCGAGUAUUGAUUACCAAAAAUAACUCUAACUCAUGUAUUUGUUAAUUCUGUAUUUGUAUAAAUGAAUCCCUUAUUUCCUUGGUCACGCCAGACUGCUUUUUUAAAUACUUUGUAGGGUAUGAAAAUAUCAUGAAAAUUGCACAAGAUGUGUGAAAACGAAUCCCUGUUUAAUUUAUCUUUUUUAAAUGUUUCCUAAUAUUUUGUACAGAAUGGAAAAUUUCAGUAAACCUAGAUGUCAGGUUUACUGAAAUUUAUACGGAUCGGCUGAACGGAACUGAAUGAAAUUUGUCACGUAGGUAUAGCACACAGAAAGAACAAAUAAUAUAGACUUUACUUAUAUCCCAAAAACCCGAAAAAAAAUAUAAUUUACGCGGAUCAAAACCGUGAUGGAUAGUUAGCAAUUUAUCAUUAUUUAAAAGUAAGAAAAUGAGUCUUACUGCAUUAUCCUCGCAGAAAAACUGUUAGUUCUCAAUAAGAGUUAGUCAAGCGCCUCAACUCUUAUUGAGAACUUUUAAAAAAUUAGUACAAUAUUACGGUGACGUCUACAAAUACGCAGAACGCCACUGAGCACAGUGUUUUAAUAUAUUUGACCAAUAUAACAAGUUAUAUCAAAGUACAUCAUACAAAUUGAAGAGUCAUACAAUCCGAGAUAAUAAAUAUUCUCGAAAGGUAGUUUGGAACAAAAUCUUUGACCAAUCACAAAAUUUGGGAUUAUUAAUUCUAAAGAAAUAAUCAAGAAGGGAGAUCGGAACAAAAUCGCUGUAGUCGAGACCUUUGCUGUUCUGUUGUGUGUAUGACUUAUUUAUUGUUGAGAGCUGUUAUUAGUCGUUUACUAAUACUCUAUGGACGGUGGGCUGAUUUACUUAUAGACUUUUCUACGGACAAAAUGUAUUCAUCCAAAUAAGCAUGGAAACAUAAAGAAUGCUCUACUUUCGAGCUGAAACAUGCGUACAGGAUUUUCUAUCGAGUAUGGGUGACGUUGCCGCUUGGAGUCGUCGAUUUUGCGCGGAUAACAGCAAAAUAAAACAAAUCAAUCAUGUAAAUUUCAUGCCUUUCUGACACAUUUUGGGAAUUGCUGGUUGUCUGAAUAAGUAAUAUUGACUAAAUGUCUUUAGUCAAAGAUUUAUAGGAUUUCUAUGGCACAACGCCAAUAAUUAUUGAGUCGAAUAUCUUAGCAAUUCAUGGAUUCACCAUGCGGGUGCCGGUUCUAUCGUGCGGCACAGAGAAAAACUCCGAGCAGAGUCCUGGACUUGUGACCUUGUGUGUGGUGUAGGGUUAAGGAAUUCCUUGACAAAAAACACAAAGUAUUUUAGAAUCCGUAAAAAGUCUCAUGUGUAAAUCGACCGUCAGCCAUUUUGUUUCUAUUAGUCGCCCUUAUAUCUAAGUUAUUAAUAUUCUGCCCGCACCGUUGAGUCGAGACAUACGACCGUAUCACAUUAAGCUCUUGAGGAUUGUUCUUCGUGGACUCUAGUCGAAAAAUUACAUUAGGUACACACAAAGAAAAACAUCGUGAGGAAACCUGCAUACCUAAAAAUUUUCUUAAUUCUCUUUGGAUGUCAAGUCUACCAACCCACAUUGCCAACUCUCAUUCUGAGAGGAGAUUCCUUUUCAACAGCGAGCCGAAUAUGGGUAUGUAAAUGAUGAAUGAGUGACAUGUGUAGAAUCCAAAUGAUGUACUACAAUUAUGUCACAAUAAUACGAACUGUUACAUCCCUAAAUUCUAUAUUCAUAGUGCAGAGCUGUGACACAGAUAUAAAUGUUCUGUCAGCAAUAUAUAUGCUUUAUAAACCGUAGCUCUGCCUCUAAACAUUCAGUCGUUCUGGUGAUUAGCCGAAUUGCUGUCCAGCUACGGACCUGGUUUAUGCCCGCCGGUCUGGACUAAGUAACAAGGCUAAGCCCCUGGUAAUACUAGCCGCCUAUAGACCCUUUGCAGGUCCUCGCGAGUCGCGAAAUAUAGUGAUCCACAGUAAUAGAGCUUGUUGUCGAACUAUAGUUAAAUUAUAAACAAUAAAGUUCAGUUUUAGUUAAUAAAGUGUUUUUUUUUAUAAACACCGAUAAGCCGAAACUAACAUUUGGUGUCAGAAGAAAGCGGGAUUUAUUCCUGUUGGACGCCUACUCCUGACGACGUCCAGAAACUAUAGUUCUCCGAGCCAAGCUGCCUGCCCUGCUGCCGUUCCUGAUCUCUCUGACAGACGGAUAGUCAGACUCCCAGCUACUCCGACAAUAAGACCACAUCGUGCCAUACCCUGUCGUUCCCGAGGGUUCACUGCCCAGCCGAGAGGUGCUGCCACGCGGUCCAGACUCCUGAAACAUCACCUACAUCGCGACGAGGCGUGCGGGAUUGCACGCGCGACCCAGAUCGACUCACCCGGCGUUGCAACACACUGCGCGCUGCUCCGAUUAAUUCGCCGACUCAUCAAUGACACCGAUUCUUGUACUACUGUGAGUAAUUUUUUCGAGUCAUUGACUUUAUUACACUGGUUUAUUUUCUGUUAUUGCGUAAAAUAUUAAGUUAUUAUGGCAAAACGGGAAGAAACACCCGCUCCACUCCAAAUUUCCCCCGCAGAAUCCCUUAGAAUGAAUUUUAGCGAUUUAACCCGAUUCAUAAAACCUUUCGACGGUGAUCGAAACAAACUAACAUCAUUCAUAAGAAACUCUGAAAACGCCCUUCGCUUAGUAAAUCCGACAAAUGCAAACAUCCUCUUCCAGUAUAUUCUUUCACAAUUAGAAGGGAAAGCCGAAAUAGCCUGCUCAUUGAAGGUGUUUGAUGAUUGGUUUGAGCUAAAACAAUUUUUAAAAUCCAAUUUUGGUGAAACUAAACACCGAAGCCACCUACUUUUAGACCUCCAAAACUGCAAGAUGAAACCAAAUGAAACCAUCUUAGAAUACAGUUUGCGUCUCGAAACAUUCUUAACUAGAUUACAAACUGAUAUUUCCCAUUCUACUAAGGAUCCUGGCGAAAUAAAAGGGAGACUUGCCGACACGGAAGAUCUCGCCUUGCACACCUUUUUGUUAGGUUUACCAAGCCAUAUUUCUAAUAUUCUUAGGUGUAGGGACCCUUGUAACCUCGCGGAAGCUAUUAACCUAGCGAUUCAAGAGGAAAAAUUUUACAAUCUCGCCCAGUCAUCAAGGAGACCCAUAGAACAUAGGCCGAACCGAUCGAACUAUUUUAAUCAAUCUGUGCAUAAAGCCGCUUUUCCGUCAACUCCUCAUUCUUCUAGUUUAAACCAAACCAAACCAUUUCCUUAUAAAUCUAACUCAUACCAUGCGCAAGAUAAACAGAUAACUCAUUAUUCACAAACACCACCUCCUAAAGAAAUAAUUUGCAGAUAUUGCAGAAAUUUAGGCCACGAUAUAAGCCAAUGCCGAAAACGGCAAUACAACCAUGCCAAGCGCCAAAUUCCUCAAAAUCAGAAUAAUAAAGUACAUAAUCUUUACGAAAAUAGUCCCCAGAAUAACUCACAUAACAUACCUGAGGACAAUUUUUUAAACUAAUUAGGGUUCCAUGUUUGCGUCGCUCGGGACCCCAGGUACAAAAUGACGCUAAGAAUAAUAUUAAUUCCUAUUUUCAUCAUACAGUCAAUUAUGAAAAAAAUAAUACAUUUAUUACACGCGCCAACGAACAGGGUAACCAGUCCCAAACCCAUGACCGUGAAAAUCCUUCUAAAUCCACUGAUUCUACUAUUUCUACUAAAUCCACUGAUUCUACUAUUUCUACUAAAUUCACUGAUUCUACUAAUUCCACAGCAUCUACUAGUUCUAAUGUACUCACUGACUCCGCCGUAUCCACUGAUUCCACUGUAUCUACUAAUUCCACUGUAUCUAACAAACCCACGAUAUCCAAAACGUCCAUCGAAUCUACUCAGCCUAUUGAACCUACUAAAUCCUCUAAACUCACUCAUAAAAAUACGAAGAAAAAUAAUAUUUAUACCAAAACCCGUAAAACUUCUACGAAAAAUAUAAUAGCAAAAUCUAGCUCCGAAACAAUUUAUAAAAUUCAAUAUAAUGAUAAAGUUCAUUUACCACAUAUUUAUGUUCAUUCAAAAUACUCAAGUAAACCGUUAAUACUUUUAAUAGAUUCAGGAUCAAGCAUAUCCUUAAUCAAAAGGACUUCGCUAUCAAAACAACCUGAACUCAUAUCCGAAAAAAUUCAAUUUAAAGGCAUAGAUGAAACAGCCCAAUACUCAGAAAGUUUUGGCCAUUUUCAACUAGAUAUUAGAUUAGAAAAGUUACUAACAAUUUAUAGUAAAUUCCACCUUGUAUCUGAAUCCCUUGGAUUUAAUUUCGAUGGCAUAAUAGGUAACGAUUUCUUGAAAAAUAAUAAUUGCAUUAUACAAUAUGGUAAAAACGCUCUACAUAUUGGUCAACACCAAAUCAAAAUCUUUUUUACAAAACCUCAAUAUUUAAUACCUGCCCGAUGUGAAAUGAUGAUAGAAUGCAAUGUCAUCAAUCCAGAAAUAAAAACUGGCUACAUUGAAAAAUCGCAAAUUCAAAAAGGAGUAUACUUGUCCAGUUGCUUGACUACAGUAAAGCCUAAUAAUCAUGUAAACGUUUCUAUAUUAAAUACGACAAAUACAGAAGUCAAAAUUCAAACCUUUUGCGUCGAACUUCAUCCCUGCGAUACAUUCCAGGAAAUAGAGACUAACUUUAUUAACAAUGUUAAUGUAAAUUCACUCUCAAAAUUUUCAGAUCGUAAUAAAGAAGUUAGAAGUCAAAUCAGGUCAUCUCACUUAAACUCAGAAGAGUCAAAAGCACUCCUAAACCUUUGUCAAGAGUAUUCCGACCUAUUUUAUCUUAAUGGCGAUAUCCUUUCUCAUACUAACACUCUACGUCACGAAAUUAAAACUACUUCUUCUCAGCCCAUUCAUGUCAAAAGCUACAGGUAUCCAGAAUGCCAUAAAGAGGAAGUUAACAAACAGAUUCAAAAAAUGCUAGAUCAGAAAAUUAUAAAACCUUCUAAUUCUCCAUGGUCUUCUCCAAUAUGGAUCGUUCCUAAGAAACUCGAUGCUUCUGGCCAAAAGAAAUGGCGUAUUGUCGUUGACUAUAGGAAAUUAAAUGACAUCACUGUAGGCGAUGCUUACCCUAUCCCUAAUAUCACCGAAAUACUGGAUCAAUUAGGACACAGUAAAUAUUUUUCCACAUUAGACCUAGCCUCUGGAUUCCAUCAGAUUCCCAUGAAUGAAGAAGAUUCUCCAAAAACUGCAUUUUCAGCGAAUAACAAUCACUACGAAUAUACCCGAAUGCCUUUUGGACUAAAAAACGCCCCUGCCACGUUUCAACGUCUCAUGAAUACUGUACUUUCUGGCCUCCAAGGAAUACAUUGUUUCAUUUAUCUAGACGAUGUUAUAAUUUAUUCUCACGAUCUUCAAAGCCAUGUCAGUAAACUCAAAUUAGUUUUUAAUGCCCUUAGGCAACAUAAUCUCAAACUACAGCCAGAUAAAUGCGAAUUCCUUAGAAAGGAAGUAGCUUACCUUGGUCAUAUCAUUUCAGACAAAGGAGUUUCUCCUAAUCCCGAUAAAGUUAAAGCUGUAGCUUCAUACCCUACUCCCAGAACACCUAAAAAUAUAAAAAGCUUCUUAGGUCUCGCAGGUUAUUAUCGUAAAUUUAUUAACAACUUCUCUAAAAUUACUAAACCCUUAACCAGUCUCUUACGAAAAGAUGUUGAAUUCAUUUGGUCACAACAACAGGAAGACGCAUUCAAUACUCUUAAAACCAUGCUUACUAAUGCACCAAUCCUUCAAUAUCCUGAUUUUUCGAAAACCUUUAUCUUGACUACAGACUCAUCAAAUUACGCUUUGGGUGCCGUACUUUCCCAGGGUGAAAUAGGUAGUGACCUUCCUAUCGCAUUCGCAUCUAGGACUCUUAAUAAAGCUGAAGGUAAUUAUAGUACUACAGAAAAGGAAUUACUAGGAAUACUAUUUGGUACUAAAACUUUUAGACCUUAUCUUUAUGGUAGGAAAAUAAAAAUCGUAACUGAUCAUCGACCACUAAUAUGGCUUAUGAACUGUAAAGAUCCUAGUAGUAAACUAGUAAGAUGGCGUCUAAAACUAGAAGAUUAUGAUUAUGAAAUUAUUUACAAACCAGGCAAAAUCAAUAAUAAUGCCGAUGCCUUAUCUCGACCUCCUAUACAUACCAUUGAUGAUAUUGACCCAACAGACAACUUGACUUAUGAAUCCUUUAUAAAAUCACGUUCCAGUCCUAUGCUACAUGAUACACAAAUUACAGAAACAAAUCAAAGCCUACUCGAAACAGCAUGUACUUAUAUCGCCUAUCCUACCUCUAUCGACUUAGAUACUUCCAACCCAUAUUGUGAUAACAUACUUAGCACAUUAGAAAACAGAAAUGAAUUUGAAAUGUCCGAAAGAGAAUUGAAUAGUCUAACAGUGUCUUCUACUAACAACAAAACCUACUUCCAUCUAUUCACUAAAACUCACUACUAUGACUCAGCCACCUACAGAGAUAUAUUCAAGGUUCUAAAAGAAUUACGUAAUCAUUUAAUAAUAUUUUAUCCACAAGUUACAGAAAUUUCUAUCUCUGAUUUUGAUAAUCCUUAUGAUAAACUCAGGUUUUUAUUAAUUUACGAAAUCAUAGCAUUUAUUUUUCACAACACUAAAAUUAAAAUAAAUAUAUAUCAUAAUAAAAUUAAGUAUCCUACUCCUAACGAAAUUCCCAUAAUAUUGAAAGAUAAUCAUGAUACUCCAAUCGGAGGACAUAUUGGCUCAAACCGUAUGUACAACAAACUUAAAGAUGUGUAUUAUUGGAAAGGCAUGAAAAAGGACAUAGAAGUCUACGUUAAAAAUUGUUCUCAGUGCCAGAAAAACAAAGCAUUAAGAGCAAUUAAUAAAGCUCCUAUGGAAAUUACUUCUACUUCUCAGGAACCUCUUCAAAGACUAUUUACAGACGUAGUCGGUCCUCUGCCUGAAUCAGGACCCCAAGGAUUCAAAUAUAUUGUAACAUUCCAAGACGAUUUAACAAAAUAUUCAAUGGCCUAUCCUAUAGUACAAGCCACGGCUGAACAAACUUCGGAAUGCUUAGUUAAAUUUAUCUCUCAUUUCGGUAUUCCUCGAACAAUUCUCUCCGAUCAAGGAGUUCACUUUAUAGCUGACAUAUACAAACAAGUGGCAUCUCUUUUUAAGAUUAAACAUUUAUUUUCGACCAUUUAUCAUCCCCAAACUAACGGCUCCCUAGAGAGAAGCCAUUGCACGCUUAAAGAAUAUUUAAAAUCGUUUGUUAACAAGGAACAAGACAAUUGGCAUAAAUAUCUUCCCACUGCUCUUAUUUCCUAUAAUAGUACGACACAUACCACUACAAACUUUAGUCCUCAUGAACUUCUAUUUGGUUGUAAACCCUAUUUACCUAGCUCUAUCUACGACAUAAGUCCCACAGCCACUUAUCCUGAUUACAUCAAAAAUCUAAAACAUAAAUUGAAUACCACUAGAAAUUUAGCUAGCGAAAAUAUACUUAGAAGUAAAGAAAGAUCAAAACGUUAUUAUGAUCAACAUGCUAAAGAAAAAACCUAUAACGUUGGAGAUAUGGUCUACAUAAGAGAACAUCACAGAUUACGUAAAGCUCUCUCCCCAGUCUGGAAAGGUCCUUUUAAAAUCAUAGAAACCCAUGAUAAUAAUAACGUCACCAUUCAAAUUAAUAGACGUAAGAUCCGUUACCACUUCGAUCAAAUUAAACUAGCCCACGAUAAUUCUCUUCCAGGGUCAUCGCGCCAGGCACCAUCGCCACAACCGAGUUAAUAACGCCAAUAGUCGAUAGCCCAGGUCUAUAUUUCGAUAAUCUAGGAAUCUUAAAAUACUACAAUAACUUCUGGAAUAUUAUUACAUUUACUGACUUAUCUUACAUAAAACCUCAUGUAGAAAACAUUAAAAAUGUUAUAUAUACCGUAAAAGAAACUUGCCAUAGUUAUAAAUCUGCUAAAAUACAGUCCGAUUGCUCUAACACACUUAGUCCUUUAGAAAUACUUCUAAAAAAUGUUGAAAAUAAUUAUCAAUCUCUAUCUCAUCUUACGCAGGAAAAAGGUCGUUCUAAAAGGUCUUCAUGGUUCGGUUUUGGUGGACCCAUACUUAAACAACUAUUUGGAUCCCUAGAUGAAGACGAUGCUCAAAUAUUUACUAAUGCUAUAAAUGCAAUUCAAGAUGACCAGAGACAUCUUGCAUCUUUAAUGAAAGAAAAUAUUCAUGUUAUCUCUUCUACUAUUAGUACAUUUAACAAUACUAUUCAGAAACUAAAUGAAAAUGAGCAAAUACUUAACAGUAACAUAGGAAAAUUAGAUAAAAUCCUAGAUAACGUUUUGCAAACUACAAAUAAAUUAGAAGCGUCAUCACAUCUCACAAUGACCUUUAGUGCUUUAGAAAGCUCAUUAAUGACUUUAAAUUUUAACCUCAAGGAUAUCAUUGACGCAAUCCUAUUCGGUAAACAAAACAUUGUCCAUCCCUCUAUACUAUCUCCUAUGCAACUUUAUAAUGAAUUAAACUCUAAUAAAAAUAAAGUUCCCCAAAAUUUUCCCUUACCCUUGAAUUUAGAAAAUAUGCACAUACUUUUGGAUAUAUCCCAAAUUUCUAGUUUCAUCACUGACUCUAAAAUAGUAUUUGUUGUUAAAAUUCCUCUUGUUCUCUUACAAGAAUAUAAUUUGUACCAUGUCUAUGCCCUUCCUACUGCUCAUGAUAUCAAUAACCCACAUUCCUUUGCUAUGAUCAACCCUACUGCUAAAUUUUUGGCAAUAACAGACGAUAAAUUACUGUAUUCAAUGACAGACUCGAUCAGUGAUUGCAAAACUCUAACAAAUAACUAUCGCCUGUGCAAAUUAGGCAAUGUGCAUUCUAGUGUCGCAAAUCCUACGUGUGAAGUGCAAAUCCUAAGUGCUUACAUAAAUAAAAUACCGGACACAUGUGAUUAUAAAAACGUAGUUAGUGAUAUUGACGUUUGGCAAACGAUUAGUAAUAAUAAAUGGAUAUAUGUUCAAUCCAACAUAGCUAAGCUCUCGGUUAAGUGUAACAAUAGUAUUAACGACUAUGACAUAAUUGGAACAGGAAUUCUCAAGCUUCCAAAAGGAUGCACAGCUUUUCAUAAACUCUUGCAAUUCUCUCCUUCAGUAGAAUACGAAACUGCAUUGUAUAUGCCUACUCCUAACUUUAACAUUAUAAAUGACGAUUGCUGUUCCAGAAAGAAAAUAAAUUCUACGCUUCCAUAUCUAACACCAAUUAAAUUAUCUCAUAUAAACUUAGAUUCUUUGCAUUACGUUACACAUAGAUUAAAUCAAGUUAACGAUGAAAUUGAAAAGAUUGAAAACCAACCCUACCAUAUUAAAUAUGGAAGUUAUUUCAGUGUUUGUACAACUCUCGUAUCUUUAAUCGUAUUAUGCUAUAUUUCUUUCAAAAUGUAUAAAAAAUGUUGUAAUCGAAGAAAGCGUAAUAAUAGUUUAGAUUCUAGUUCUGGUUGCUGUAUUCAGAUUUUUAAUAGCUGCUAUACUAAACCUAAUCAAAAUAUACAAGCUAUUAAUACUAGUUCCGAUUAUGAAACACAUAAUAGAGCAUUCGAAUCCAAUAGUAGCUCAGAGAACUCUCCUACUUUCCUAAGGAGAAAUUUACAUUGAAAUGUUAUGUUUAGUACUUUUCCAUAAUUACUAUUAUACUAAUACUGUUACUAAAUUAUUAAAUGCCAUUUCAUGUUUGGUUUAUACUAUUACAUAAGUCUACUAUAUACUAUUUGCUAUUUUAAUACACUGGUUCUUUUGUAAUAAUAAGAAAAUGUUAUUUUGUAAGUUUUUUAUUUUCUAUUUCUUUGUGAUUGUAUAAUCUUAAAUAUUAUUACCUAUGUAGGAAAAGAAAAAAUAUGAUUAUGUUAUUCCUAAUUUUCAUUUCUAUUUCUUCUAUUGUAAUACUUGGAUCACUAUUGUAAUAUUCUACUCACAUCUUACUUACUAUGAUGCUUCGUCUUAAAGAGGGGAGGUGUUACAUCCCUAAAUUCUAUAUUCAUAGUGCAGAGCUGUGACACAGAUAUAAAUGUUCUGUCAGCAAUAUAUAUGCUUUAUAAACCGUAGCUCUGCCUCUAAACAUUCAGUCGUUCUGGUGAUUAGCCGAAUUGCUGUCCAGCUACGGACCUGGUUUAUGCCCGCCGGUCUGGACUAAGUAACAAGGCUAAGCCCCUGGUAAUACUAGCCGCCUAUAGACCCUUUGCAGGUCCUCGCGAGUCGCGAAAUAUAGUGAUCCACAGUAAUAGAGCUUGUUGUCGAACUAUAGUUAAAUUAUAAACAAUAAAGUUCAGUUUUAGUUAAUAAAGUGUUUUUUUUUAUAAACACCGAUAAGCCGAAACUAACAGAACGUAUAUUAUUUAUACUAGAAAGCAAUAAUGAAAAUAUUCAUAUGGUACAAAAGCGUUUACUCGUAUAUUUGGAUUACUAUGCAGCAUACUAAGUGACGUCAUUCUAAAUGCAAUAUGGCGGAGCCCUAAGGUAGUGGACUAUUUCUUUUGUAUUUAAUUUCUGUAAAAAUUCUGUUGUGUGUGUGAUUUGGUGGAAGACAAUUAAAGACAAGAAAAUGGCAAUUGAACGAUCGCUUAAUGUGACACGGUUGUAAUGUCAGGUCGAGGGUUCUUAGUGUACCAAAUACUUGUAAUAUUGUGAUUUAUAUAACGGCAUAGCUGCUACAAAUCUAAUACCUAUUAAAAUCUGAUCAGCCUGAAUAGAUCAGUAUAUGCUAAAGAGAUUUGUCGUAUUCAGCCCGGGGAGGUGAGUUACAUAAAAUGCAACUAUUUUUAUAAGGCUGGUUUUUUAUGUUACGUAUAUUUGUGGUGUAAAUAAACAGUUUGCUGUCAGUCUGCCUACUUUGUUAGCGUUUGACGAUGAAACUAUAUUUCCACGCUAAGCGCUUCAAAAUAGAGAUAAAGGCGCAUCAUCAUUAGACAUAAUUACAAACAUUAGAAUUAUGUUUGAUUGGAUAGGUUCUUUUAUUAUUUUACUGCCCACAAAAUCAUUUGAAAUGAUGAUUAUCACUCAAAAUUUUGUUAGCAAGCGCUAACAAAAUUGGUAUGCCGACAGUAGGCUAUUUAUAUGCACAUCAAAUAUAACUAAUAUUAAAUUACAAAUCUUUAGAAGUAGUUCAAUUUUUAUUGACUUACCUCUCACUAAUACUAUUGCCGUCUUUGUCCUAAACAGAGAUUUAAACUAACCUCGAGGUAAUAUAAUCGCUUAGUAAGGUGACAUUGUACAUUUAACUCGUGUAAUAUAGAGAAAAUACCCAUUAGCUCCUUGUAAAUUAGUUUUGUUGUUGUUUUCUUUGUUUAAAAACUUUUAUAUUGUUUAUUAGAAUUAAAUCACGUAUAUUUUUUACAUCGAACGUAAUUUGUCCGCUGAGAAAUGGCGUUAAGUUUUGUGACAAGUCUAUAUCCAUAAACAAAUAAUUAGCAAUUGCAGAUAAAAUAAAAUGUAUAUGCGAUUUCCAAUUUGACAGUGACAGUGUCUUUAUUUUGUAUUUAUUUAUCUAUGUUCCGAUACCCAUUUUAUAAUUCAAAAAAACUGUUUUUUGAACAUACAUCAUGAAAAUUCUUUCAAUAUAUACCUAUUAUCUACCCUUAAGUACAUAUUUAUAAUAAUAGACCAAUUUUAAAAUCUUAAAUUAAAACUACUGAUGGCUUUAUAUUAAAAAAUAUUCGGAGAAAACAGACAAACAUUAAAAUGUGCGAGAGUGAGAUUAUAGGGUUCCGAACGUACUUAUGUACGUUCGGAACCCUAAAAAAAUUUAAUAUUAAUGUCAAUGUAAAGAGCUGUCAAAAUUGGUCUUUUAAUUUUGUAUAUAUUUUAAACUUAGUUGAAUGCUUAUUUAAAAAAGGCACGCGUGCUGUAGCAAAUUGACUAUAUAAUUAUAUAAAGAAGUUCAUGCAAUCAUGAAAAUAUUAUACUUAUGUGUAAAGUUAAAAGUUACCAUAGUUAUUUGCUUUGAAAUAGAGUAACAAACCACUAUAAAUGUUUAAAAUGGUCAAGGUUUUAUAUGUUUUUACUUGCAUUACAUAUUAUGUCACAAAUGACCUAAUGUAUAGAGCGAUAUAAAAGAGUAGAAAUUAAUAAAAAUGGAACUAACAAUCUCCCUGUCUGGCAACACCACAUUUACUGUCAUUAUAGAGCAACCAAUUAUUGAUAGUUUUAUCAUAUUAUUAAAAUCAUGGUGGAAAUUCGGAUAAUUAGCUGACGAAUUACAAUAAAUAUCAUUUAUUUAGAUGAGAUUUACUUUCUUUUAAAUUAAAUAAAUGUAAAUCAUGAAUUCCUCAGAAAUCUUAAUACCUUUAACAUGAUGCUCUUGAUCAUGAUGAUUAUUAUAAUGAUAUGUUGAAAAUAAUAUUAUUAGAUAGUAAUAUUAUUUUCAACAUAUCAUCUUAUUUAAAAAAGAACUUACUUUUACCUAUUGUGAAGUGACGGUUAGCAGCGACAGUGAGUGUACCAUCAUUUUGUGGUAGAGAAAACACCUCGAGCAGGUCCCAGGACUUGUGACCUUGAGAAUAGGCUUAAGGGUUCCCUUUUGCAUCAAUAGUCACCUUGCCUGCCCGACAUGUUCUCCAUGCCCACACUGAACAAUAAUUACAACACAAAACAUUAUCAAUAAUUACAACACAACACGUUAUUGCACAAAAUCACUCACGCGACUGGCAGCGUGACGGUGUCUACGCUGCCUCACAAACCACUGAGCUCGUCAUUUUCAACCCCCCCACCACAAUAACAUAAAUAAUGAAACCACCUGUAAUAGAGGAACUUACAAGUUCCUCUAUUACAGGUGGUUACACUAAGUAUAGAACAAAAUAUAUAGUAUUAUCAAGUAUCAAGGCAAUUCUAAUUGGAUGACAGAACACAGGGUUACCAUAAGAACGAAAAAAAGUGACUACAGCGCCCUCAUUUAUUUUCUACUCUUUUAUGUCGCACUUUAUUGUUGUUAUUUUCCCUUUGUAACUUUGUUUUAAUGGGUGGUCGUAAGUAGGAAAUGAAAUUUGAUUAUAUUACAAGGUAUAAUGAAAUAAAACAAAUUGUAAAAUAUAAAUAAUUGUAUUUAAAAAUACGUUACAAACUUUGGUUAAGUUUAAAGAGCACCAUAGAUUGAUGUCUCUAAAUCUAGUUAUUGUUUGUAUUAAAAUAUCGACAAAACUAUGAUAGUAUAGGUAAAUAUAAAGUUGCGAUAAAUAUAAAAUUUGUAUUAACAUCGGGUACAAAGUACCACGAAAAAUUGACAUUAAUUGUUGAAUAGUUGUAAAUUGAAUGUAUGCAUGCGAUAAUUUAAUAGUCUACGCAAGUUAACUGCAAAAUUGCAAUAUAUUAUUAUCAGUUAUUAUAACUGCAGCAAAAAUUACAUAGGAUUAUGAUAAGUUGCAAGCUGGAGUGACGCAAAGCCCAGUGAAUUAGCGUCAAAACCUAUCGGGGAUUUUGGAUGUAAAAAAUUGUACCUCUUCGAAGUUUUCGCGCUGCUACAUUAAACCGAAUCGUCCCUUAUUAUUAUCAUUAGAGAUGAAUAAAAAAAUUGCAAUCAUUGAAAUUGCAAUUUUGCAGUGGAGACUCGAUUAACCGGACCAAUUGUUAUAUGACACAGUGUACGCUUAUAACGAUACAAUUUUGUUAUAGCUCCAACAUGGCUGACCAGACGUUCGUGCUUUUACAAAAGCUGAAAGUUUGUCAGUCCAUACUAUCUAUCUACCGUACUAACACUGGAAUUCAUAGACGUUUUAGAGGCACCCCCAGGAGAUCAUUCACCCACUGAAUGAAUGAAUGAUCCCCUGGGUCCUACAACGUCUAUGAAUUCCACUGUUAAUUAUGCAACAAUAAUUAUUAUUAAGUACGGUAGUUAAUUAUGGAAUAUUAAAAUGUGGUGAGUUUAGGAGUAGAAAUAGCAUGAGCUUUUAUAAAAAGACGAAGGUGUACACAUGGCGCCUUUAGUCUGAAAGCACUUGCUAAUUUUCAAGACAUAUUGUCAUUUAUUUUUUGAACGCGAAAUAUCACAAAUCCUUAUAAAUGAGGUCCGGAAAAUCGAGUCUGCAAUUACGUACUAAAGCAAUAAACCUUUUUAUGUACACAUCGUAAUUUUCACUCAAUUAUCUUGAGUAUCACUUAAUGUGAAAAGUGUAGAAAAUGGCGGCCACCACUGCAUACAAAACUGACUGUUAUUCAUAAUUAUUUAUGCUGCUUAUGAAAAUGUUUUAAAACGCAGCGAAAAUAACGCCGUUAUUUUUAACAACAAAAACUAAUAUGUAUAUAACAAAAAAAAUGGUCGCUCCUACGGUAUUUUAAAUUAUUUUUACUAGUCUCAUCUCAACGCAUCAUUUUACAUACAUAUUGUACUUUUGUAUUGUAUAUGAAUCAAAGCAUGAUAUCAUUUUAAAUAAUUUCUUUAAAUCGCACUUUUUCCCUCCAUAUUCAUAAACUUGAAUUCUAAUGUUUUAUAAAGAGGAAAGAUUAAAACUAAGAAUUAACAGUAUAUUCAUAAACUUGGAUUAAUAUUCACCUCAAUUUUCUUCAAAGGACCUAAUCACUACUGUUCAAAGUUCACUUUACGUUAAAAUUGGAGUUUGACGUUUAAACUCAUAUUUUAAUAAUAAGGCCAUUUGUGUUUUAGGUAAUCUAUUAUUAUUAAGAGAAAAGAUUUGAUUGUUUGUUUGUUUGCAUUGAAUAGACUUUGAAACUACUGAACCGAUUUAAAAAAUCUUAUACUGUUGGGAAGCUACACUAUCCAGAGUGCUAUAAUCUAUAUUUUAUCCCUGUUUAUGCUACGUUGGCAAAAUAUAAUAAUUCUUUACAUUAAAAUAAAAAAUAAUAAGGACGUGAUGUCACACUGAAUAAUUAUAUCUUGCAUUCAUUUAAAGUACACAAGCACAGUUUAUGAAUGUGUUGAGGUGACUAAUAAAAAUAUAUGUAAGAGGCAGGUUUGUUAUUUUAUUGAAUUUACCGUGUUGUGAGGCUACACAACUGUUUAGAUAGGUUUUGUUGUCAAAUGUAAUUAGUAUUGCGUAAUUAGGUGAAUUUUCUUAUGUAAAUAAAUAAAGGAUUCCUUUAUACAUU